AUGCACGAGCUACGAGUGAAGAGGCUUGGGGGCCUCCUCCUCAAGCUCGAUUUUGAGAAGGCCUAUGACAGAGUCAAUUGGGACUUUCUCCAGGAAGUUUUGCUGAGAAAGGGUUUCUCGGCCAUGGUGGUACAUCGCUUGAUGCAGUUGGUCAGGGGUGGCCAAACGGCCAUCAAUGUUAACGGAGAGGUGGGACCCUUCUUCCGGAACGCUCGGGGUGUGCGUCAGGGUGACCCAUUAUCCCCGAUCCUCUUUGAUUUCCUUGUUGAUGCGUUAGCAGCCAUGCUGGCUAGGGCUAACUCGGCAGGUCACAUCAAAGGGGUGGUGUCACACUUGAUCCCCGGGGGGGUCACCCACCUGCAGUACGCCGACGAUACCAUGAUUCUGAUCGAGCCUACGGAUCUUGGCAUUGCCAACCUCAAAUUCCUCCUUUUAUGCUUCGAGAACAUGUCGGGUCUGAAGAUUAACUUUGACAAGAGCGAAGUACUGGUGACAGGGGUCCCAGAUGAGGAGAAGCGUAGGCUGGCUAACCUUCUAAACUGCAAGCUGGGAACCUACCCUUUGCGGUACCUUGGGCUCCCGGUGAGCGGUGGUCCGCUUAGGGUGGCGGACUGGGAGUUCCUCCCGGAAAAGGUGGGACAUCGGGUUGAUCCCUGGCAGGGCCUCUUUCUGGCCUCUGCGGGUAGGCUGGAGCUCACUAACUCAUGUCUCUCGAGCCUACCAAUGUUCGCUAUGGGGGUCUAUCUCCUGCAUGACUCGACCCACUAUGCGAUGGAUAGGUCUCGGUCUCGAUUCUUUUGGGAAGGAGUCGGGAACUCUAGGAAGUACCACAUGGUCGAUUGGGCGAUGGUAUGUAAACCUAGGGAGGUGGGGGGUUUGGGGAUCCUCAACACCAAACUCAUGAACAUUGCGCUGAUGCUGCGGUGGAUCUGGAAGAUCUACCAGAACGAGGAGGGCCUGUGGGCGGACCUCCUUCGGGCCAAAUAUCUUGGCAACCAUGACUUCUUCUCCAAAGAGGUGCCGGUGAGGGGAUCACAAUUCUGGAAUGCCAUCCAGAAAAUUAAAUGGCACUUCAAGCUUGGGGCGAAGCAUUCUGUUCACAAUGGGAAGUGGACAUAUUUCUGGAAAGAUUGGUGGGUGGGGCCGGGGCCCCUUCGCGCCCGGUUUCCGCGCCUGUUCAGCUGUUGUACCCACCCAGAUGUUACGGUGCAUGCGACCAGGGUGUUAGAGGGGACUCCUGGCGAGUGGCGCAUCCAUUUCCGCCGCCAGUUUAGUCUUGCGGAAGCCGUGGAAUGGGACAACCUGUGCAGGGAAGUACAGGCGCUGCCGGUGGACGAGCAGAAUGACAAGGUGUCCUGGGCUCUCGAGAGCUCGGGGAUCUUCUCGACGAGGUCCGUGUACCAUGGCCUCUUGCAGGGGGCGGCGGUCACACAUUUCAAGGAGGUCUGGCGGACUAGGGUUCCCCCUAAGAUCAAGAUUUUCAUGUGGCAGUUGAUCAGAGGGAAGCUCCCGUCUUGCGAGCAGGUGGCCAAGAGGAUGGGACCCUCCGAUGGCCACUGUGCGUUGUGUGGAGAAAUUGAGGACUGUAAUCAUAUCUUCUUUACUUGCCACAUGGCGAGAUUCAUGUGGGCUGGAGUUAGGGAACUCCUGCAUUGCGACUGGAACCCGGCAGGGGCUGGGGAUUUCAUCGCGCUUGCGCAGGGUCUGGCAGGCCCCCUUCGUAGACUAGUUUGGUUCACCUUUGCGACCCUUUGCUGGUCGCUCUGGAACAUUAGGAAUAAACUAACUAUCGAAGGGAAGUUGAUCGGUAACCCGGCUGACGCUUUCUAUCAUAUGCUUAUCCACAUGCAGUCAUGGAGGGUUCUGGUCAGACGGAGGGACAGGGAGCUGCUGGACGUGGCGUGGGACGAGCUCAGGAGGCUACAUGCGAGGACUAGAGCUGCAGUUUAG